AUGUUCCAUGGGGGAACGAACUUCGCCUACUGGAGCGGUGCUGACUUCAAGGACCAGUACAAACCAGUGACCACCAGCUACGACUAUGAUGCCCCCCUCUCGGAGGCAGGAGACCUCACUGAGAAGCUGUUUGCCAUCCGCACGGUCAUCAGCAAGUUCCAGCCCCUGCCAGUCGGUCCGAUGCCACCCGCCACCCCCAAGUAUGCCUACGGCAGGGUGGUCCUGCAGAAGCAUGCUGACCUCCUGGAUGUCUUGGAUGUGCUGUGCCCCUCUGGGCCCAUCCAGAGCCAGUUCCCCCUCACCUUUGAGGCCAUAAAGCAGGUCCAUGGCUUUGUGCUGUACCGUACACAGCUGCCUCGGGAUGUCGUGGACCCAGCCACGCUGGGGGCUCCUCCCCACAGUGUCUGCGACCGUGGCUACGUGAUGCUGCAGCAGGAGUACCAGGGGACACUGGAGCGGGACGGGCAGACAACGCUGCGUGUGACGGGCAGGGAAGGAGACACUCUGGACGUGCUCCUGGAGAACAUGGGCAGGAUCAGCUUCGGCGCCAACAUCAGUGACUUCAAGGGCUUGCUGAGGAACCUCUCCUUGGACUCAAGCCCUCUCAGCAACUGGCUCAUCUACCCCCUGGCCAUAGACACUGCCAUCCAGCAGGGCUGGCCCCACGCUGCCCUGCCGAAAUCAAGCAGCAGGAGCAGAGCAGGGCCAGCCUUCUACACUGGGACCUUUGAGACCCCUGGCAUCGCUUGGGACACCUUCGUGAAGUUCCCAGGUUGGACCAAGGGCCAGCUGUGGAUAAACGGCUUCAACCUGGGCCGGUACUGGCCCCCUCGUGGGCCCCAGCAGACCCUCUUUGUGCCCGGCUCGGUGCUGCACGUUGGCCGCCCCAACAACAUCACAGUGCUGGAGCUGGAGGGGGCACCCCCUUCCCCCCUUCUGCUUUUUCUCGACCGACCCCUUUUCAACAGGACCCUCGCGGCCACAGAAUAAAUGCAGGGCUAGGGGGAAUUGGCGUUGCUUCUCGCUGGGGAGGUG